UGGAGCUUAGAAAUCCUAGAAGCAGGUCGUUGUUUUUCUUCCUUAAGUAAAGAGUGUUUACUUAAAAUUGUUGUGUCUCUCAUUUAUUCUCUUCAAGCACUUUACUAUUAAGUUUUUGCUAUCUGAGUAUGUUUUGGACCAGGUCUUAAAGUUGGAGGACAACUCGUUUGAACUCUGAUGAUACAAUUUUUAUAUAUUAUCUCAAUUCCUGCACUAAACAUAUCGUAGUGGUUCCUUUCUCUUUUCUUUCAAUUAUUCCCUCUUUAGCUUUUCAACUUUAAAAAAAGUUGCGCCAUGUUUUGUAAUUAUGAUGGAGCAACUAUUAUCAUUUUAAAUACAUUCAACCUCUAUAUACAUAGUGACAUUAUGCAUGGCAAAUAGUGAGAUAACGGACAUAGAAGAAAAUUGUGAAGUUUUCAUAUCAGAGUAAUCAAAGGGAGUUUAUUAGUUGAAGGGAGGUGUUUAUUUUGUGGAGCUUUGAACUCAAUUUUUGUCCAGAGUAUUGAGUUAUAUUGAGAAGGCUGUUGUAUCUUGGAGGGAACAAGUGAAAGAGUAUUACUGCUGGAUCGGAGAAACAAUUGCCGCAAUGGGCUUGAAUCUCUUUAAAGAGAGCGAGAUAUCUGCGCCUCCCCUCCGAAAGCAGUUAUGGAUUACCCGGAGGAGGUUUCUCAUCCAAGGAUGUUUAGGUGGUUGGAUGCAAAGAGCAACACCAAAAUUAAGGAGGCUGAUCUCUUUAACCCUUCGGAUGAUGCAGUUGUUCAUCCAUGGAUCGUGCCUACUGAGGAGGAGUCAUUGAUGACUUCUUAUAUUACUCUUGGUCAUAUUGAUAUUAUAGUAGACCCAAUGGUGGAUUUAAAAAGGAAGGAAUUGGCUGAAGCAAUAGCCAUAAGAAUAGCAGUUAGGCAAGGUCAGCCUAAUGUUGAGGCUCUUCAUGACCAACCUACUAAGGCAGAUUCGGGUGCUUCUUUGGAUGGAGUUGUUGGUGUUGGUGGCAGGCAUGCUGAUGCUGCUACCACUCGUGAUGAUGUUGGUCAUUAG